AUGCCCGACGUCGUUUCCCCCUCCCCGCGACGGGUAACUCCCCAGAUACCCCAGAACAUGCAAGACGAUCUCCAGCGCCUCGAACUUGAUCCCAAAGGAAAGGAGACAUCGAACACGACCGACGCCGCGUCCCGUCGAGAACUACAUUCAUUGAGUACGCGCUCUAGGGCUGACCAGGCUGCCGACCUGCCCCAAUCCCAAUCCAACCCCGCAGCCGACGCCGACCACAGAGCCUACCAAAACAACGACUCCCGGGCGCGGAGGCUCGACAGCAUGGAUCGGGAAGCGCCCUCUUUCUCGCCUUUCCCAAAGGUGACGGGCGACAAUGUCCCCCCGGCCGACGACGCAAAGGAGGGGAUACUGUGGACUGCGCGCAAGCAUGUGCUGCACUCCCAGAACGUUUCCAUGCAGAUCAGCUGGGCUCGCGACGUUCUCACCUGGGUCGACAUUGCGGCCGACGCCGCCGCCCGGGAGCACUCGGACAAGGCUCGCCCGGCCACCCCACGCAUCGAGCACGAGCUGCGCGAGGACGCCAUGAACAUCAUCAAUUACCUGGCCCACCAGGCGCAUCCCGACGCCUUGUACAUCCAGGCCAAAUGGCUCGAGUUUGGCAAGUUUGGCCACCGCGUCGACAAGCGUGAGGCCUACAGCGGCUAUAAACGAGCCGCGGAGCUGGGCCACGCGCGCUCCGAGUAUCGCCUCGGCAUGCUGUUUGAGCAAUCCAACGACAUGUCCAAGGCCAAGGAGCACUACUACAAGGGCAUGAGCUUGAAAGACUCGGCUGCCCUGUACCGAAUGGGCAUGAUGAGCCUUCUCGGCCAGCAUGGCGAGACAAAGGACUACCCUCGGGGGCUGGAGCGCAUCCAGGCUGCUGCCGACAGCGCUGACGAGGACGCGCCGCAGGGGUCCUAUGUCUACGGCAUGCUCGUCGGUCGAGAUCUGCCCGACAUCACCCUCCCCGACGGCCUCUUGCUCUUCAGUCUUGACACGGCCAAGGUGUUCGUUGAGAAGGCGGCUUACUUGGGUUUCGCAAAGGCCCAGCUCAAAAUGGGUCAGGCCUACGAGCUCUGCCAGCUCGGCUGCGACUUCAAUCCGUCUUACUCGCUUCACUACUACGGGCUGGCUGCCAAGCAAGGCCUUCCCGAGGCGGCGCUGGGCGUUAGCCGCUGGUUCCUCUUUGGCUACGAGGGCGUCUUCAAGAAGAACGAGGAGCUCGCCUUCAAAUAUGCGCAGGAGGCGGCCGUGGCCAAGCUUCCGACGGGCGAGUUCGCCUUGGGCUACUACUACGAAAUCGGCAUCCACGUCAACAAGAGCAUACCCGACGCGCGGAAAUGGUACCAGCAGGCAGCUGACCACGGCAACAAAGACGCCGUUGGCCGGCUGGAAUCUCUAAGCCAGGACAAGAGUUUGUCCAAGAAGGAUCACGAGACGACGACACUGACGCGCAUCAAGUCGCAACACGGGUCUCAGCGGGGAAAGCGCCCUGAGCGCUUCAAGCAGCCCCAGCAGCUGCCGACUCUGAGCGAGGGCAGCGGGCCGCUUCCGGGAAAGUCGUCGUCGACGUCGGACUCGCCACGCGUCUCGCCCCAGCCGUCUCCAGGUUUCAGGCCGACCAUUGUGUCCGAGAGCAUGUCGUUUCCUGAUCCAUCGCGAGCAUCCGUGGUGGACGGCUCGGAUCGACAGCCGGCCUUUAGCCUCCGGCUAGAGACCGGCGGAGCGCAGCCUCCGCGCCCGCAUUCCGCAGCCCCGUACCCCGACGACGACCAGUCCACGCUCACUGUGCAUCGCUCGCGAUCCACGGCUCCCUAUCCCGAAGACGAUGGUCGAGGAGCACACAAUGCGCGCCACAAUCAGGGGGUUCAUUCGCCUCAAGCGGAUCGGCCGAUGAGUGCGUUUGGCAUCAGGGCCCAGGCCGCGGGCCCACGGCCCAUGCCCAUGUCUCACAGUGUAGGCAGUCUUCAGCCGCAGCCGUCGCCGCCGCCCGGCGGUAGAGUCGUGUCCGCGGGCUACAGCAGCCCUGGAGGCUAUCGGCAGCCAAGUCCGGGCCCGGGCCAUGCACCUGGUCGCCCAUUUCCGGGUGAUGACUUCCAAGGACGGUCAGCGAGCGCUCAGCCUUAUCCGAACAAUGCAGCCGGCAGCAGAAUCCAGAAGCAACCUCUCAGACAGCAGCAUGACAUGGCUCACUAUCAUGACCCGCGUGCGUCGCCUCAGAACCAUGAGCGCUUCUCGAGGGAUCCCCAGAGACCAACCCGAGUGUCUUCAGGCCUGGGACAAGGGCCGCCCAGUUCUCCAAGGCCCGGCAUGGGCGGUAUGGGGAGAACCGGUAGCGCGCCACCUGGGCAAGGUGGUCCGGGUCAGCCCGUCCCCGGCCUUCAGAGCUCGGCAACUGCGCCGUCCAAGCCUAGCAAGGGCCCGCCGGCCAAGGGUCCGGCAACGUUUGAGGACAUGGGCAUCCCGCAAGGAAAGCAGGAAGGAGAUUGUGUUGUGAUGUGA